CUUCCUGAUGCAGAUUCUCUUGAAGUAGUUCAGUGAGGUCUUCCAUGGGAUAGACUCGCUGGUCGACGUCGCCGGCAGGGUUGGGGGAGCCACCAUGGCCAGUGCGGCGGCAUUUCCGUGUUUGAGGUGUACCGUGCUGGACCUCCCUCACGUUGUUGCCAAGGCUCCUUCUAGGUCUAUUGGCAACGUGCAGUUUGUUGGGGGUGACAUGUUUGAGAGCAUUCCACCAGCAAAUGUUGUCCUUCUCAAGUGGAUUUUACAUGACUGGAGCAAUGAUGAGUGUAUCAAGAUAUUGAAGAAUUGCAAGCAAGCUAUCCCUUCUAGAGAUGCAGGAGGAAAGAUAAUAAUCAUUGAUGUUGUGGUUGGGUCUGAUUCAUCAGACACCAAGCUUCUGGAGACGCAAGUAAUCUAUGAUCUCCAUCUCAUGAAAAUUGGUGGGGUUGAACGAGAUGAGCAAGAGUGGAAGAAAAUAUUCCUCGAAGCUGGAUUUAAGGACUACAAGAUUAUGCCGAUUUUAGGCCUCCGAUCGAUCAUUGAGCUAUAUCCAUGAAUGCCCAGCAAAUAAGUCUGCUA